AUGAAGCUAACUUUUCUUAACGCGUCCUUGGAAACACGUGUCAUCCUUUGCUGUCUCUCUCUUGUUUUCAUCAUCUCCGUCUCCCUAUCUCUCUCUUCUUCUUCUUCCACGCAGGUUUGUAAUCUGCUGAUCUCCUCUGAAAAUUCACCUUUCAAUGGCUUCUUCGUCUUCUUCACAAUCGUCUCUCUCUCUCUCUCUCCCACUGAUGAAAUCCUCCACAAAGUCGGGUCUUUCCACAAGAACGAUCCCAGCAUCGGUACGGGACUCACCUGCGGUGAUGUGAUGAAGCUCGCUUCAAGACCUUUGGUUGUGGCUCCGCUAUCGUCUCUUCAUCUGUUGGUUUCAGAUUGAUUGGUUCAUUGUGGUAGUGGUGUUCGAAUUGAUUGGUUCUUGAUGAAUUAUAUUUGAUAUUAAUCGGUUCUUGUUCAUUGGGAAGUAUAUCCAAGUGCCACCUCCGUUGAAUUAUGUAUCUAUUGCAAUGUUUAUCUUCCUGGUAUUAUGACUUUCCUGCAAUUG